GUACGGAUUUGCGAGGUUGAGACCUGCCUCCACAGCUGAAGAUACUAGUGGGUCUCGGCGAGAUGGCAGGGCAGAAGUCGGAGGUCGGGGACGGUUCAAAGAAUGCUUAUCCGAUCUGUAUGUCGGUUGCGAGACUGGCGGAAUUUGGAGGAGUACCGUUCAUUCGGGCGGGCGUGGUCGAUGGUGAGGCCAGUGACUUCCCGGUUCCCUCGUGCUUGUAGUCAGCAAUACAGUUGUCUACGAACACGCCCUGGACCCUGCGUAAACGUAUGUUCUUGCUUGAAUAUCAAAACCUCAGAGAGUGCGUCUUUACUCUUUCUUCACCAACAAUACACAACAUCUGAACCACGAAAUCACCACAAUGUUCAAUCUCCACAUCUCAAAUUCCGAGCUGCGACUUGCAACUGCGGCUCUCGCUGCACUCUCAGUGAUCGUCCCAACAGUCUACUUCAUACGCAGUGAGAAGUCCCAAGAAGUCACACCUCACCUGCAAACCUUUCGCAAGCUGCUCAAAGCAUACGCGACCCUACGACCCGCAGCGCUCGGCGCAAACGCAUCGAAAGAGUUCUCCCAUACAGUCCUGCCGCUAUCUCUCAACCUCCCCCCUCGAAGUCUCGAGAACUUCCAGCAGCAUGCCGCCAUGAUUUUCUCGUUGUUUGAAGACUUCAAGAUGGAGCCGCAUGGCCAGGUGCACUUCUCAAAGGAGACGAAUACAGUCAUUGCGCAUUGCAAGAUGGGAGGCAAAGUCAAUGCGGCGAGCGAGAUGGGCAAAAAGCUGAUCGAUGGAGGCAUCACGGAUUGGUGGACAGAGUGCGUUUUGUUUGUGAAGAUGACUCCGGACGGGACGAAGGUCGUCGAGUUAAAGGAGUUCGUGAAUAGUUCGAAGGCGGAGGAGCUACAACAGAGACUGAGCGGCGUUUUGAGCAAAUAGAUGGUUCUACAGCAUUUCGCAUCUCACAUCAAGUCGCUCUCGACCGCGAAAGUCUGCGAUUACGUAGAUGAUCAUUACGGCCGCCUGGCACGCGAGGCAGGGUCCAGCGUUGUACAUAUGCAGUUUGGUAUCAGGGCCAUGUGCGCGAUAGCUCCCUCAUCCCAGUGUCGAUCUCGUACUACUAGAGCGAAAGAGGAAUUGUAUCACUAGUGCCUUCACGACCGUCCGGCAAAUCCUGACUUGCACUAGACCUCG